GCCGCCACUCGAACGCACACCUCCCCCGGCCAUAUUGAUCCCGUGGAGGACGAGCGACGCAGAACCAGAAAGAUUUUUUCACGAAUUUCUGCCAAUUUUCGGGAAAUGAAUUGGGGAAAAUGAGCGAUGAAGAGAGGGAUAUCGACAUUGAGAGUGAUGAUGAUGAGUCACUGCAGGGGGGCACGCGCGGGGAGUUCCAGUUUGCAUCGCAGGCGGAGAAGAGGGCGCACCACAAUGCCCUCGAGCGGAAACGCCGAGAUCACAUCAAGGAUUCCUUUUGUUCCUUGAGAGAUUCUGUGCCUUCUCUGCAUGGAGAGAAGUCUUCGCAGGCCAGCCGUGCACAAAUAUUGAAGAAAGCUGCCGAUUACAUUGAGUUUAUGAGGCAGAAGAACUCUGCUCACCAGCAGGACAUUGACGAUCUGAAGAAGCAGAACACUCUUCUUGAAAACCAGAUUCGAUCUAUUUCAGUCCGUUCUCUAGAGAAGACCAAGUACACUGGCAACUUUGCAGCUAUGACCAGCAACAAUGCUCUUCUCAACAACAAAGCGGGUUCCCUUGUGGAGUUUGAUGGCUCUGGGUCGGACACCAGCGAUUCGGAGAUGUCGAACAGCGUCCGUCGAAAGAAGCUGAAGACGUAGCUAAAGCAGCGGGUGGGAAACCUGUACAUUGCUAGUUGAUAUCUGAGAGAAAGCAAGAACGUUGAAGGAAAACAGGAAGAAGAUGGAGAAAGAGAGAGAGAAAGAGAGAGAUAGCGUAAAACGACAGUUAUAACUUUACUUCUUUUUUUGUUCCCUCCCAUUCUGUAAUGCAACAACAGGAAAAUGUCAGUACGUAGAGCAGAGCAGUGAUGGAGUUUUAUGUAGGGGUACAAAGCAUAAUAGUUCCAUGGUUUCAGUUUCUUAGAAGAUGGCUUUUGGGGGUAACCAAAGUCUCAAACAGUUUUACAAAUUUGCAACAGGCCAUAUUUCAGAGCUUAAUGUUUCCCAACGCUCUUUUUUCUUUUUUCUUUUUCGUUUUUUUUUUUUCUUUUUCUUUUUUUAGGUCUUGGCUUUAGAUGAUGGUGCGUCUUGUACUGGUGCACAUGUUUCUCAUUUUUCAUGAUGACAAAGGUUUAUUUUAUUGUUACUGUUAUUAUUAUUAUUUCUUUUAUAUUCAUUUAUUUUCUAUAUUGAUUUUAUUUAUUUAUUUAUUUAAACACUUAUGUCUAGCUAUGUGCAUUAGAGGUGCAUUAUGUAGCAUGAUUGUCUUUCUGAUGCUAUACAUGGCUAGGUGGUUACCUCCAACAUUUCAGCACAUUUUUUAGGAUCCCAAGUCAAGAUUUUAAAAAUAAUUAAUUAUUUUUUUCUGUAACUGUCAGUAAUGAUACAAAUACUAAUCCCCAGAUGUAAAUGUUAAACAUUUACAGUGCUGGAGAGAAAAAAAUGAAAGCUGUUAAUAUAUAGCAAGAGUUCGUUCAUUUCGUAUGUACAUUUUUUUUCUUUCUUUUUUUUUUUCAUUUGUAUUUUUAGGCUUGACAUGUAACAGUUCAAAGUAUGACUGACUGGGUGUAAUGCCGAAGAAAGUAGGAGAGAAAUUUUCUCAUGUAGUGGUAGCAAUUUGGGUCUGUUGGUUAUAAGAGUUUAAGUGUAAAUGAUGGAGAAGUGUGUGAAUUUUUUUUUUUUUUUCUUUUGCAUUUUUUAUUUCCUUAAUGUUUAUUAUAAUUAUUAUCAUUAUUAUAAUUUUUUUUUUUAAAGACUUUAUUCUUCAAAUUCCACACAUUUCCAGAAGAUUCUAUAUUUAUGUACAGUAUUAAAACUUAAAAAAAAAAAUAAAGAUAUUGAUGUUCA